AUGACCAAUACUGCACUUCAAUCCUUCGAACACCAACUAGGUGGCCACAAAAAAUUGUUGUCAAUGAAUGACGGCUCGAUACUAGUGAAACCUUCCAACACGAUAGAACGCGAAUUUUAUGAGAAUAGCGUGUUGUAUCCAGAGUUUGCACAGUGGAUACCGCGAUACUUUGGGAGUUUGCAGUUGCAAGGUGUUCAAUCCCAGUUGGCUACUAUUGCUACGAACAUUGUUGAUUCGGUGGAAGCUAAUGGUACUGUAGGAGGUGUCGGAAGUGGAGAAGGAACCAUAUGUAUUGAGAAUAUCACGUGCAAAUUUAAAAAACCGUGUAUGCUGGAUCUAAAACUGGGGAUUGUAUUGUAUGGACCAGAUGCUGACGAAGCAAAACGCCAAAAAAUGAUCAAAAAAGCUGAAUCGAGCACGUCGAGUACACUAGGUAUACGAAUCACGGCGAUGAAGGUUUAUGAAAAAUCAAAAAAUUCUUUCAUUAUAUACCCCCGAGAAUUUGGCUACAGCCUAACAAAAGACACCGUAUUUUCCGGAUUCGCAAAAUAUUUCGACGUGUUACAGGAUUCCCCACCACAUAACCUUAGAAGUGUAGUGAUAAAACGCUUUAUUGACGAUUUACAAGAGUUUCAUAAAGUUCUUGAAAAUCACGAAUUACGGUUACAUAGUGCGUCGCUGUUAUUUGUGUACGAAGGUGAUGAAAAAGUAUUGGCGGAUGCGCUUGAACAAGAAAAACAACAGGGAGAUAUUGGCGGGAAAAAACCAAAUACGGGUAUUGGAAGGGAUGAAGGUUGUUUAUUGGGCUUAAACAAUACUAUUAAUUAUUUACGUCAAUUAUUAGUACAUUGA